AUGAAUUUUCUUGUUUGGAAUUGUAGGGGUGCAGCAAAGAAAACCUUCAGAACAUCCCUUAGUAAUUUCACAAGAAAGCAUAAGAUUGACUUGGUAGCAAUCUUAGAACCUAGAAUCAGUGGGGCAACUGCUCAGAAGAAGAUCAAGCAACUUGGUUUCAACAGAUUCGAGUUAGAGGAAGCUGUGGGUUUUUCAGGUGGAAUCUGGAUUCUGUGGAAAGAUGAAUUAGUUGAGAUCGAGUUUAUUGAAAAAAAUAGCCAAUUCAUUCAUAUGGCUGUUUCAAAUAAUGCAGGAAGUAAUUUCCUCUUGACAGUGGUCUAUGCCAAUCCUAGAGAGGAUAUCCGGGAAGAGCUGUGGCCUAACCUUAUGAGAAUAAGUAACAAUGUGAAUGAUUGGAGAACUGCAUUUGAGGAUGCUGAAAUAAGAGCUUUGCCCAGGCUCAAUUCUGAUCAUAACCCUUUGCUUCUAUCCUUGGCUCCGAAAGAGAGUCUUCAGGAAUUGGUUAAUCCUUUGAAGUCUUGGAAUAAAAGGGUCUUUGGAUGUAUUCAGCUUAGAAAAGAUUUCCUCCUAAAAAAGCUCCAGGAAAUUCAAAGGAAUACCAACCACCUCUUGGACCACUUUAAUUCUGAUCUUGAUAAGGCUCUGCAAGAGGAAUUGAACAGGGUUUUGCUCCAAGAAGAAGCUAUUUGGUUCCAAAAAGCUAGGUGCAAUUGGAUUAAAGAUGGAGAUCGCAAUACUAAGUUCUACCAUACUACCACCAUCAUCAGAAGAGCUAGGAAUAAAAUCCUAGAAUUGAAGAAUGAUGAAGGUCAUUUCGUUAGAGAAGAAGAAAAUUUGAAGAAGCUCAUCCUUGGUUUUUUCAAUAACCUUUUUGCAAAAGAGAAUGUUCAGAGACCCUGGGUUGAUACAAAUUUUAAUUGGCCUGUUCUUCUUGAAGCUGAAAAGAAGCUGCUCAAUGAUCCCAUCUCGGAUAUGUUGAUUAAAGAGGCGUUUUUCUCCAUGGGUAGCCUAAAAGCUCCGGGUCCUGACUGUUUUCCAGCUCUUUUCUUUCAGCAUAAUUGGGAGCUACUGAAGAAUCAGGUUGUUAUGUGUGUUAACCAGAUAUGGAAUAAUCCAGCUGAUGUGAGAGAUCUUAAUAAAACCUUCCUUGUCCUUACUCCGAAGUUGAAAAAUCCUGAGAAAAUUUCCCAAUUUCGGCCUAUUGCGCUUUGUUUUGUGCUUUAUAAGGGCAUCAGCAAAAUUAUUGUGGGGAAGUUGAAACCUGUCCUGACUAAGCUCAUAUCCCCUCAACAGGUGAGCUUUGUUCCAGGCAGGCACAUCCAGGAUAACAUUGCAAUUGCUCAAGAGAUGGUUCACUCUAUGAACAGGAAGAAAGGCAAAAGAGGCUUUUUCACUAUAAAAAUUGAUCUUGAAAAGGCCUAUGAUCGAAUGUCUUGGAGCUUUAUUCACAAGGUGCUGAUUGAGAUCAAUCUUCCGGAUCAGUUAGUGAAUCUUAUUAUGCUAUGCAUCUCAACUACUGAGCUGGAUAUUCUCUGGAAUGGAACCAAAUCAGGUAGAAUAUCUCCCAGCAGAGGUCUAAGACAAGGGGACCCCAUCUCACCCUAUAUCUUUGUCUUAUGUAUGGAAAAACUGUCUCACUUAAUAGCUGACUGUAUAAAUGACAACGUGUGGAAGCCAAUGAAAGCUGGGAAGGGUGGUCCGAGUAUCUCUCAUCUGCUUUUCGCAGAUGACCUCCUUCUUUUUGGUGAAGCUAAUAUCUCCCAGAUUAAUACUGUUAUGAAUUGCCUUUCAAAGUUUAGUGAUAUGUCUGGCCAAAAGGUAAGCUACCCCAAAUCAAAUAUCUUCUUCUCUAAAAAUGUCUCCCCUGAGCUUGCUAAUGCCAUUGUUGAGAUUAGUGGCUUUGCUCAUACGAGGAAUAUUGGUAGAUAUCUGGGGUACAAAAUGAAACAUGGUCGUGUAAGUAAACAGCACUAUGGAGAGAUCAUGGACAGGGUUGAUGGCAGGCUGCAAGGUUGGAAAAAAAGCUGCCUGUUAAUGGCAGGGAGAGUGACACUUGCCAAAUCGGUCAUCUCUGCUAUUCCUAGUUUCCAUAUGCAGAGUAGCCUCCUCCCAAAAGGAAUUUGUGAUGAUAUAGAGAAGAUUCAGAGGAGUUUCAUUUGGGGGGAGUCUGAGAAUCAAAGGAAAUUCCAUGCUGUUAGUUGGGAGCAACUUAAAAUGGGAAAAAGUCAAGGUGGUUUGGGAGUUAUCAAUCUUAGAAGGCAGAAUGAAGCUUUUCUCCAUAAGUGUGUCUGGCGGUUAAUUAAUUCCCCGGACCAGCUGUGGGCUCAAGUUCUUGGGGCCAAAUAUGGUAGAAGAAAAGAUUUGCUGAAAGAGGCUGUCUCGAAACCAUAUGACUCUCAUUUAUGGAAAAGUCUGUGCAAAAUUUGGCCAGAUAUGACAAGAAAUCUCUCCUGGCAGAUUGGCAAUGGCAAGCAGGUAGAUUUCUGGAUGGAUGAUUGGGUUGGUUGUAAAGCUAGUCUUCUUUCCUUAGCCAUCAAUCCUCCAACAGCUGAUACUGUUAACUGCAAAGUAAAUCAUAGUAUGUUUUCCUCAGAAGCGGGUUGGAAUGUUCCUUUCCUCAUGCACCACUUUGAUAGCAGUAUAGUAAAUCAGAUCAUGGCUAUCCCUCACCCUGAUGGUGAAGCGGGAGAGGAUUUUGUGUGUUGGAGAAAUACGAUUCCAGGUCAAUCCUUAGUUAAAACUGCUUACAACAACCUUUCUAAUUUGAAUCCUGAUCUAAGUGUCAAUAGUUGGGACCGGAUAUGGAGCUGGAAAGGUAAAGAGAGAGUUAAAGUGUUUAUGUGGAGGAUGUACCAUGGCAGGAUGCUAACCAAAGACUUUAUCAGUAAAUGGAGUGGAUCCUCUAACUGCUGCCCCUCGUGCCCAGAAGAUGUAGAAACUAAUCUUCAUGCUUUCAGAGACUGUGUUAAAGCAAAAAAGGUUUGGUAUUUACCUUUAUUUCAACCUCUUCCUCUGGGCUUUUUCUCCAUGGUUUGUUUCAAAGAGUGGAUUUCUCUUAAUUUGAUUGUGAGGAAGACUAGGGUCCAAGACUGGAGGGAUUUGUUCUUUAUUGCCUGUAAUUUCUUAUGGUAUUGGAGGAAUAAAGAACUCCAUGAUGGUUCAGCUAAAAGACCUGAGGACCCCUCUCUUGAUCUCUUAGAAUUAGUAAGGGAAUCAGGAUGCUGUAGAAAGCUCAAAUUACAGUUUGAGAACAUGAGCCCCUACAUUGAGCCCUCCACUGUUUGGAAUGCUCCAUCGCAAGCUUUCCUAAAACUGAAUGUGGAUGGUGCGGUGUCCUUUGAGAAAGCUGCUUGCGGAGGUUUGUUGAGAGAUUGGAAAGGAAACUGGAUCUGUGGGUUCACUGCCUUCAUUGGAAAUUGCUCAUCUUUACAAGCCGAGCUUUGGGCUAUUUUUCACGGUUUGAAUUUUGUUUGGAAUUCUGGUUGGAAGAAUAUUAUCCUAGAAUCAGAUUCGUCUCAAGCUAUUGGUCUUCUUACCUCUUCUGGUAAUGACUCUCGAAAGUUACCUCUGGUAACUAAGAUUCGAGCUGCUCUCAAUAAGGAUUGGUCUGUCUUGUUGAAGCAUAUUCCCAGGACUUGCAACUUCUGUGCUGAUUGGUUAGCAAAGAAAGCUUUGGAUGAUCCUUUUGGUGUCACCACCUUUUCAUCCCCUCAUUUUGAACUCCUCAAUUUGCUUGCUGCUGAUAUGCUGGACCCGGGUAGCUCAAGGCUUGCUGCUAGUCGUUAA